AUGGGAGACAUGGGGGAUCCACCGAAAAAAAAACGGCCGGUGUCUCUGUGUGUGGGCUGUGGAAACCAGAUCCACGAUCAGUACAUCCUGCGGGUCUCCCCAGAUCUGGAGUGGCACGCUGCCUGUCUCAAAUGCGCCGAGUGCAGUCAGUACUUGGACGAGUCGUGCACGUGCUUCGUCAGGGACGGAAAGACAUAUUGUAAACGGGACUACAUCAGGUUAUACGGGAUUAAAUGCGCUAAAUGCAACAUCGGUUUCAGCAAGAACGACUUUGUAAUGAGGGCCCGAUCCAAAGUCUACCACAUCGAAUGUUUCCGCUGUGUGGCCUGCAGCAGACAGCUCAUCCCGGGGGACGAAUUCGCUCUGCGCGAAGACGGCCUCUUCUGCCGGGCUGAUCAUGACGUGGUGGAGCGGGCCACUCUGGGACACGGAGAUCCGCUCAGUCCGCUGCACCCCGCCAGACCGCUGCAAAUGGCAGCAGAGCCCAUCUCCACCCGACAGUCUGCGCUCCGGCCCCACAUCCACAAACAGCCAGAGAAGACUACUCGGGUUCGGACAGUACUAAACGAGAAGCAGCUACACACUUUGCGAACUUGCUAUAAUGCCAACCCGAGGCCCGAUGCUCUGAUGAAGGAGCAGCUGGUGGAGAUGACCGGCCUCAGCCCGCGCGUCAUCCGGGUCUGGUUCCAGAACAAGCGGUGCAAAGACAAAAAAAGGAGUAUUCUGAUGAAGCAACUUCAACAACAGCAGCCAAAUGACAAGACGAACAUCCAGGGAAUGACAGGCACGCCGAUGGUGGCGGCCAGUCCGGAGCGGCACGACGGCGGCAUCCAAGCCAACCCUGUGGAGGUGCAGAGCUACCAGCCACCUUGGAAGGUACUGAGCGACUUCGCUCUGCAGAGCGACAUCGACCAGCCCGCCUUUCAGCAACUGGUUAGUUUUUCGGAGGGUGGACCGGGUUCAAACUCAACUGGCAGCGAGGUAGCGUCCAUGUCAUCUCAGCUUCCAGACACACCGAACAGCAUGGUGUCAAGUCCGAUUGAAGCCUGAGUCCGAGGCUGUCUGGAUAAACUGAAUCUGCCCAUGUUCAUCUCAUCCGUCCGGGCUGCACCAAACAACCAUUUGGUUGUGUUUUUGACACUGUGAAGACAAUCAUGGGAUUUUACCACCGACAACCAAUUCUUAAAUCCACGCAGAAGACAGAAAAUUGCAUCACUCAAGACGACACUGGUUGUUGAUUUUUAUUUAUUUAUUUAAUCAUUGCCGAAAUAGAAGACAAAAACCGCGCUAAGUAGACGUUGGACCUCUGAGUGCGAGUUGAAGACCCUAUUUGCAGAUGCCGUGCGCUCCAUCGAAGUUAAGGAUUUUCUUUUUAAUUCGAAAAAUCACUGUAUUAGCCGACAUUCCAAAAAUGGUAUUAAGAAUUUAAAUAACGCAUUUGCAACAAAGUAUACCUCUUUUAUUCCAAGCUUCAUGGGGUAUUAGUGAGUUCGGGUUGCCCGAAAAUUAUUUAUUUUCCAAAGAUGUGGAGACGUAUCACUUAAUAAGGAUUAUAUGCGUUAGGGUUUUGUUUCCAUGGAAUAUAAAGUUGCCACGGAUUUUGUGUCUUAAAGUAUGGUAGGUUUUAUCCGUUUUUCCCACAAAUUGGGACAGUAUAACUAUUGUUAUUAAUUAUUAUAAACAAUUUGCAGCGUGCAACGUCUUUGCCCCCCUGAUUUCGAACAAAGAAAUAGAUGGCCGUCCAAUGUUUUAGGGACAUCUGGCUUCAGAACUUACUUUGGGAUAGUUGUUUCUAACAUUCUGAAUUACAAUUGCGUAUUUAUUACUCUAUUUAAACAUAUGUAAUUUAUUUCAACGAUACUUGUCAUACGUGGCGCUUUGAUUCAAUCCCCUUAAUGGUGUAAUCUACAAAUGCA